GCUCUGCAAGGAGUUCCUGCACGCGAACGUCUCCGCCAUCCUGUACAUGAUGAACUACGAAUCGUACGGGCGCAGUACGGCUUCGGCCCAGUACUUCCUGCAGCUGGCCGGGUACCUCGGCGUUCCGGUGAUCUCCUGGAACGCGGACAAUUCCGGCCUGGAGCGGAGGGCUUCCCAGUCGACGUUGCAACUCCAGCUGGCUCCCAGCAUCGAACAUCAGAGUGCGGCAAUGUUGAGCAUCCUGGAGCGCUACAAGUGGCACCAAUUUUCGGUGGUAACGUCCCAGAUUGCUGGUCACGACGAUUUUGUGCAGGCGGUCCGGGAACAGGUGGCGGCCAUGGACCACUUCAAGUUCACGAUCCUGAACUCGAUCAUCGUAACGCGACCGAUCAACCUGGUCGAACUGGUCAACAGCGAGGCGCGGGUGAUGCUCCUCUACUGCACCAAGGACGAAGCGGUGGACAUCAUGAAGGCAGCCGACGAUCUACACAUCACCGGCGAAAACUACGUCUGGGUGGUGACGCAGAGUGUGAUAGAAAACAUGCAGGCGCCAACGCAGUUUCCGAUGGGAAUGUUGGGGGUCCACUUUGACACCUCUUCGGGGGCACUACUCAACGAAAUUUCCAACGCGAUACGAGUGUAUGCCUAUGGGGUGGAGUACUAUCUGAACGAUAAGAAGAAUGAAGGGCGAGGUCUGGACACGCAUCAUUUGUCGUGCGAAGACGAAGGCCAAGGCCGGUGGGAUAAUGGGGAAGUGUUUUUCAAGUAUCUUAGGAAUGUGUCACUGGAGGGGGAACCGAACAGGCCGAACAUUGAGUUUACGGCCGAUGGAGAUUUGAAGUCGGCGGAGUUAAAGAUCAUGAACCUGAGACCGAGCGUUAACAGUAAGGGUCUGGUGUGGGAGGAGAUCGGGGUGUGGAAAUCGUGGCAGCAACAGAAGCUGGAUAUUCGGGACAUUGCGUGGCCGGGGAAUUCGCAUACACCACCGCAGGGGGUUCCGGAAAAGUUCCAUCUGAAGAUAACGUUCUUGGAGGAGGCGCCGUAUAUAAAUUUGUCUCCUGCGGAUCCGGUUAGUGGCAAGUGUUUGAUGGAUCGGGGAGUGUUGUGUCGGGUUGCGGCAGAUCACGAGAUGACCGAUAUCGAUAUGGGUCAGGCGCACAAGAAUGGGUCGUUCUAUCAGUGUUGUAGUGGUUUUUGUAUUGAUUUGUUGGAGAAGUUUGCCGAGGAAUUGGGAUUUACCUAUGAACUGGUAAGAGUUGAAGAUGGAAAAUGGGGAACGCUGGAGAAUGGGAAGUGGAAUGGGUUGAUCCAUGAGCUGGUGAACAGGAAGACGGAUAUGGUGCUGACGUCGCUGAUGAUCAAUGCGGAACGGGAGGCGGUGGUGGAUUUCAGUGAACCUUUUAUGGAGACCGGUAUUGCGAUUGUGGUGGCGAAAAGAACGGGGAUCAUUUCUCCGACGGCGUUCCUGGAACCAUUCGAUACGGCUUCGUGGAUGUUGGUGGGGAUAUUCGCUAUCCAGGCUGCAACGUUUAUGAUCUUUUUGUUUGAGUGGCUGUCGCCAAGUGGAUACGAUAUGAAAACGGUGUUGCAGAACUCGGAAAACAAGCCGUACCGGUUUUCUCUGUUCCGAACGUAUUGGCUGGUGUGGGCAGUACUGUUUCAGGCUGCCGUGCACGUAGAUUCACCGCGUGGUUUCACGUCCCGCUUUAUGACCAAUGUAUGGGCUAUGUUCGCUGUAGUGUUCCUUGCUAUCUACACUGCCAACUUAGCUGCGUUCAUGAUAACCCGAGAGGAGUUUCAUGAGUUUACCGGCCUAGAUGACUCCCGACUAUCCCACCCGUUCUCACACAAACCGACUGUGAAGUUCGGGACGAUCCCUUGGAGCCAUACGGAUUCGACCAUUUCGAAGUACUUUAAGGAAAUGCACUACUACAUGCGACAGUAUAAUAAGACGAGCGUAGCGGAGGGCGUGGCUGCGGUGCUCAACGGUCAGCUAGAUGCCUUCAUCUACGAUGGAACGGUUCUAGACUAUUUGGUUGUGCAAGACGAGGACUGCCGUCUGUUGACGGUUGGUCAGUGGUACGCAAUGACUGGAUACGGCCUAGCUUUUAGUCGAAACUCGAAAUACGUCCAAAUGUUUAACAAACGGCUUCUGGAAUUCCGCGCUAACGGUGAUUUGGAACGUCUCAGGCGCUACUGGAUGACGGGAACGUGUCGGCCUGGCAAACAAGAACACAAAUCAUCCGAUCCGCUCGCAUUGGAACAGUUCUUGUCCGCUUUUCUACUGCUGAUGGCAGGAAUCCUGCUGGCAGCACUGUUACUUUUGCUGGAACACCUCUACUUCAAAUACUUCCGAAAACGACUUGCAAAGAAAGAUCACGGCGGUUGCUGUGCCUUGAUAUCGCUGUCCAUGGGCAAAUCUCUGACCUUCCGUGGUGCCGUUUUUGAGGCUACGGAAAUUCUCCGUCGACAUCGCUGCCAGGAUCCGAUUUGCGAUACCCAUCUGUGGAAGGUCAAACACGAGCUGGACAUGAGCCGACUACGUAACAACCAGCUGGAGAAAGCUCUGGAUGCUCACGGCAUCAAACCCCCGCAGAUCAAAAUCGCGUCAACGAAUGACAUCAUCGGAACGGGUCGACGGGAACAGCUCGGCCAUCAUCGGCCGAACGUCCUCGGCAACCUCAGCCUCGGAGGCAGUGCUCAAGACCUCUAUCGUUGGUCCUACAAGACCGAAAUCGCCGAGAUGGAAACAGUGCUGUAAGCAGAGCGAGUCUACAUCUAACCACCACCACAUCUACAACGGAAUUGUUCUACAUACAGAAGUGUAAUUAAGCUCAACACGACGUAACAUGACACAAACACAACAAUACACCACCUACUACUAAACCCACCAUCCUCUACGGUAGCCAAAACUCAAAACAAAAACAAGCGAUAGGCACUUUUACACGAAUAAAAAAAGAAACAACAAUAACACCGCCAAAACAAGCCAUCGCCAAGUAGAGUGUUACACAAACUUAUAGACAUACAACAACAGUUUACAGUCACAAAUUAUCGAAAUCAAACAGAAGCCAAAAACGAGGGAAAAGAUUUUGAAUGAAGACACUUACAGCGCGAUGCAAACAGGAUUAUUAUACAACAACUAGCGGAAAGUAAAAGUUGAAAAACCAGACCUUACGUAGAACCAAACCAAUACAGAGAGUGUUCAAAACAGUCAGUCAAAACAAUACAAACAGCAGUUUAUACCAAAAAAAAAACCAAAACCGCCGCAGUUAGUUUCUUACUGUUGAUGGAAAAAUGGUCCAGGAAGUAAUAGUUGAAAGUCAGGGAAAUGUGCUACACUUGAAAACUAACCAAGCUCGAAAAUCAAUUUAAAAUUAACAAAACAAUUAAAUCUUAAUCAAAAAUUCAAUUUGAAGUUAAUGAAGCUUUUUCAAUUCUGAGUAAAUAAAUUUCCGUUUUUGGAAUACGAUUCCAAUCGAAGUAGUCUGGGUUUUAGAAAUUAUUCGAGCCAGUUCAAAACUUAAACCGAAGCAAUCGGUUGUUUUUCAUUCAGUUUCCAUCCAGCUGUUGAAGCCAUUUUCAAUCAUU